AUGAGUUUUUUGAAAUAUAAGACCUAUAUCGAAGAAGGCGAUCUGGUCAUAGCAUAUAUGACUCGCGAGAACAUGACGCCACUAAUUAUUGAUUCAAAAUUAACGUAUAAUAACAAAUUCGGUACCUUUAAGCACUCGGAUAUGAUCGGAAAAGAAUAUGGCACCAAGGCAUUUAUGCCUUCACACAACGGUCGGGGAUUUAUGUACCUUUUGCAUCCGACACCAGAGCUAUGGACUUACGUUGUUCCUCAUCGAACACAAAUUUUGUAUAUUGCUGACAUUUCUUUUAUUACAACCUAUCUGGAUCUAAAACCUGGAUCGCUCGUUUUGGAAUCGGGAACAGGCAGCGGGUCGUUUUCACAUUCUCUAGCGAGAACUAUUGCACCACAUGGUCACUUGUACACUUUUGAAUAUCACGAAGAAAGAGCAAAAGCUGCCAAACAAGAUUUCGAAGAGCAUGGUCUUUCUGAUCUAAUCACCAUAGAUUGUCGAGACGUUUACAAAAGCGGAUUUGGCAUAACGGAUCUGGUGUCUGCUGUCUUUUUGGACUUGCCUGCACCUUGGGAUGCUAUUUCAUCGGCCAAAGCGGCAUUCAGGCAACGGCGUAUAGGGAAGAUUUGUUGUUUUAGUCCUUGCAUAGAACAAGUACAGCGAACUUGUGCUUCUUUAAAUGAAAACGGGUUUGUUGAAAUCAAAAUGUUUGAGUGCCUAAUUCGCAACCAAGAAGUUCACACAAUUCCCGUGUAUACUGUGAAAGAUGCCGUAUCAAAAAUAAAAACACAACAAGACAAGAAACGUAAACGCAGGGAACAGGAGGAAGAUCCUAAUCACACGACAAAAUCACAACCUAGACAAGAUCCACCUAAUCUAUAUGUGUCUAAAACACCAACAGAAGCUAGAGGUCAUACGAGUUACCUUACCUUUGCUACAUUUCUACCAGUUUUAGACGGUGAAGAAGUGAUCAAAUAA